CACCGCGGCGGGCGGAUCGGAUCCCGUUUCCUCUGUCAGGGCCGCGAUUGAAGAGACACUGAACGGAGGCCUCCACCCCCCCAGGGUCACAGAAACCUGCAGCAGGAGCCCAGACCCAGCCACCCCGGGGCCACGGACCCUGCACCCUCCAUCCUAGGGGCCCCUGAAUGGGAGGUCCGUCAGGCUCAUUGUUCCCCCUGCUCUGAUAGCCCACCCUGGCCAUUAACCCCUGCCCUCCUGGGACUGCUCUGAGCAUUGUACCCCCCAGCAACAUCCCCCCAGCUCUAUCCAGACCUACUGCUCCCACUGCAAUGUCAUUAUAAUUAUUAUUAAUAUUCCAUUAUUUAAUACCAGCAGCCCAUCUCCCUCUGCCAACAUAGCAAAUCUCCCCAUUGUACCCCAUUAUCUCCUCUCCCUCCUCCUAUAGACCCUGAUCUCAUACAGAGACCCCCCAUUAUUAUCAUUGGAUUAUUAAAUCCCUACCCCCCCUCCACACCCUUUCAUCAGUACCCUGAUUUCAAUGGGAGACCCUGGACAUCUCCACCUCCAGGUCUGAUGAUACUGUGCAGAUUAGCAUCUCUCUGAGACAUCUUUCCAGACCCCCGCUCCCAACAUGUCCGUGGUACAGGCUCCCUGGCAUACUGGCACAGAAUGCAUCGCUAAUUAUGACUUCCAUGGAAAAGCUGAUCAGGAUCUUCCAUUUAACAAAGGAGAAGUUCUCACCAUUGUGGCAGUGACCAAGGAUCCUAACUGGUACAAAGCAAAAAACAAGGUUGGACGAGUGGGAUUCAUCCCUGCUAACUAUGUACAGAAGAGAGAAGGUGUAAAAUCUGGGACAAAGCUCAGCUUGAUGCCAUGGUUCCAUGGGAAGAUUACAAGAGAGCAAGCCGAGCGACUCCUGUACCCUCCCGAGACUGGAUUGUUUCUGGUACGGGAAAGUACCAACUAUCCAGGAGACUACACACUCUGUGUAAGCUGCGAGGGCAAAGUCGAGCAUUAUCGCAUCAUCUACUCGUCCGGCAAGCUGACAAUCGACGAAGAGGUGUACUUUGACAAUCUAAUGCAGCUCGUGGAGCACUACACCAAUGAUGCCGAUGGACUGUGUACGAAUUUGACAAAGCCCAAACUGAUGGAAGGAACCGUGGCUGCUCAAGAUGAGUUCUCCAGAAGUGGCUGGGCCCUCGAGAGGAAGGAUCUGAAACUUUUGCAGGUUCUUGGCAAAGGCGAAUUUGGAGAUGUUGUGCUCGGCGACUACAAAGGGUCAAAGGUGGCCGUAAAAUGCAUCAAGAAUGACGCCACGGCACAGGCGUUCGUAGCGGAGGCAUUGGUUAUGACUCAACUUCAACAUAAGAAUCUGGUCCAGUUACUGGGAGUCAUUGUUGAAGAUAAAAGCAGUUUGUACAUCGUCACAGAGUUCAUGGCAAAGGGGAGUUUAGUGGAUUAUCUGAGGUCUCGUGGAAGGUCGGUGCUGGGUGGAGAAUGCUUACUAAAAUUCUCACUAGAUGUAUCAGAAGGGAUGGAAUAUCUUGAAAGCAAUAACUUUGUACACAGAGAUCUUGCUGCACGCAACGUGCUGGUCUCUGAAGAUAACAUCGCCAAGGUUAGCGAUUUUGGGCUCACCAAGGAAGCAUCUGCUAUACAAGACACUAGCAAGCUGCCUGUCAAGUGGACCGCACCAGAGGCCCUGCGGGAAAAACUUUUUUCCACCAAGUCUGACGUAUGGAGUUUUGGGAUUCUACUGUGGGAAAUCUACUCCUUUGGGCGAGUGCCUUAUCCACGCAUUGCCCUUAAAGAUGUAGUACCCAGGGUGGAGAAGGGAUACAAGAUGGACGCCCCAGACGGAUGCCCACCAGUUGUGUAUGACGUGAUGAAACAGUGCUGGCACCUAGACACCAAUCAGCGACCCUCGUUUAGGAAACUAAGGGAGCAGCUAGAGCAUAUCAAAGCCAAGGAAUUGUUCCAGUGAAGCAGAUGCGAGGCUAGGAAGUCUGCUGUUACCAUAAAUCCAGAGAGACGGACUCAACCAUAUCAUGAAUGUGGUAACAGACACCAACAGGACAUAUGUAUAUUCCUCGAUACCUAUUGGGCUCUCUGGAACUCCCCCUGCCUUCUGCUACCUACCAUCCUUGUGUCCAGGAAGGCAAACAUGCCAUGCUGGUCUAUAGAAGGAAUUGCCGAUGUUUCCUUAAUUGGUUUUGAUGUUAAAACUUCUCAAGUCUUCUUUCCUUUCUACCUACGUCUUGUACGUUUUACAAGAGCAUUGAACGGUCACAGUGGGACAAUGACUAGAAGCAAAAAGUGUUGACACUUUUAAAGAGAAGAUUUUCUUGGCUACCUUGGGACUGAAAGGUGGCUCAAUCAGAAUGCCUUUCCAGUUUUUUUUGUUUUGUUUUUUUAAAUUAAUACAGUUAAGAAUGCAUGUUACAGAUCUGGCAAUUCUUUCUGUAUUUUGUCUGCCUUAUUUAAUAGCGUCAUUAUAAACUGACAGACCAGGCUGGCUUUGAAAGGAGUUUCCCCUAGCUGUUAAUAAAAAAAAAAAAAAAAUGUAAAAAACAAUAAAAUGAAAAAGUAUCUAGGGGAAGUGGUACAGUACAAUGUUACUUCUAAUGCUUUCAAUCCUUUGAUUGUUGUCUGCCUCCUGUAUUCACAAAUAUUGCUGUUUUCUACCAACAGCAGCGAAUGUCCAAUGGUUAGGUGUGAUCACUCUCAAACUUGGAAUGUACCUGCUCUGUUCUAUACAGAUAUACUUUACUUUCACCAGAUCUCCACCUCUAACACAUCUCCCUCUGUGAGUAACGUGACAAAGAAACCUGAGGACGCUGACAUUUCGAAACAAAAUACAUUGAAAUUUUCUUUCAAAUACAUUUCAGAGAAACCGCGGGCUACCGAUUGGUGAGUUUCACGUAACCAACCACUGUUUUAGCCUUCUGGUAACGAAUUCACUGCCAGAGUAUGCAACGACCUUGGCAUAUUGCAUGUGGUCCUUGCCUUGGCUAAUAGUGGGUUACAGAAUUGUGUAGCCAGGACAAUCCAUUUUUAUUUUUUUAUUUUUUUUUAUUGUUAUCCUCCACUUCUUCUACAGAAUUAGCAAUGUGAAAAUUGUGUUUUGCAACAGUGUUGAUUGGUCAGCGCCAUUUUUUAGGGUUGUGAUUUGGAAGUACUAUAAUGCAACAUCAUUUUAUUCUGCGUUAACGUGGUCUUCUGAAAUGUGGACAAGGAAGAAUCUGUUAGUAAUAUUUAGAUUUUCUUUUUCUGUUCUCCCCCAAAUCCAUCUCCUCAAAGCUUAUAAAUGCUGUGUGACAUUCAUGUCGGCAGUACCUUCUAGAUAAAAAUGCAUGCAAGUUGACUUUUCUGACAUCAUUGAAGUGAGGGAAUAAGUCUGCAGCUGGUUUUCAGCAUUUAUUUUCUUGUCAAUGUUACACAAACUGGGCAUGCGGUAUUUUAUUUCAUUACCAGUGUUUACAUUUCACUGGGAGACGAAUGAUGCCUUCUGCGUCUCGUGCAGCUCAAAUUGCAGUGUUUAACUGGCAGCUUCUGGAUAAAGUACCAUACGUACUAUCAGAGUACUGCCCACCAAAGGAUGUGUCAGAAGCAUGGUGGACAGCGGAGUGAAGAUCAGGGUCAAGUUUCAGAUUAUACUUAAUUAUCAGUCAUGUUAAAAAAAAAUAUAUAUAUACACGUGUUUUUAAGUGGAUUACUGGUUUUUAGACCCAUAGGAUAUUUUUGCUCAGGGAAUCGGUUGGUUGAAUCCGAAAACUGCAGCAGGCCUUUUUUAGAUACUGGCUCCAUCAUACCUGACAUCUCAAAACCCUUAGCCAUUUUUAUUAUUUAAAGUUCACCUUCCUCAUACAGCAUGGUUUCUCACUUUAUCCCACAAUGUCUCCGUGUAGAUUUUUAGGGCAUAUUACCUAGGCCAAUCACCUUUGGGGUGAGGCAUUUUUUUUUUAUUAUUUACACAAAUGGCUGAGCCGCUUUGUAACAUACCAGUAUUGUUUAAAUUUAGAUGGUAAUCCAGUCAUAUUAUGGAGUCCCCUGUGUCGUUUCAUGUCCGUGUGCCAUUCAAUAUUAUUUUUCAUUUGGAAAUUGACAGGAUGGCAAGGAAAGUUUUUUUGUUUUUUUUUGUUUUGUUUUUUUAAAGACGUGUACAUCCUGUUGGCAGGUGGCCCUCUCAUUUAAGAGGCUUUCAAUUUCCGUCUCAUUUGUGCGCUUGUGUUUUUGCUAUGAUGUUUGCUGUGUUUUUGUUCGUUUUUUUGGGGGUGGGACAAGGGUUUGGGGAAGGUCGUUUUUUUUGUCUAUAUAUAUAUUUUUUUUUAUAUUUUGUUAUAAGUCACAAAGAUAAUCGGUCAGCCUUUUCCGUUAGGGAGGUGUUUUACUGAAGUACGAAUCUUAUUUUUCUUGUAUACAAAGACUAAAGGGUUGGGGGGGGGGGGGAAGGGUGGUCGGGAUAUCGAUACUAUCACUCUGGAAGGGAGGACUCGCUUGGCUUUAAUCGUGUGGAAAUUGUGUGCAUGCUGUCUCGUGUCUUCAUUUCCAAAGGCCUUUCCUUUCUUCAUUCCUGUACAGUGCUUUAAACACAUGUAUAUGCUGCAUUCGGUGGGAUUAAAAGUGUAAUAAACCAUUCCAUAUGGGUGACCCUU